UGAAUAAAGAAACAUGUGACAACAUUUGCACAGGAACUGUUACAUCUGCUUAUCUAGAAAUAUAGUUUAAAAUACAUCAAAUAGUUAUACAUUUACUGGCCGAAUAGUAUUGAGAACUUUGCAAAGGAGUAAGUCUAUGUCAUGUGUUUCGCCAGAUUCAUUUUCUUCUGCGGAAGUAAGAAGAAUGAGAGAACGGCUGUUAAGGACAAAUGCACACGUAACAACGUCAAGUAUAAUGAGUUUAAGUAGAUACCAGAAGAUGACGUUAUUAUCACUAGCUUUGGUCGAUUUUAUGAGUUUUUGCUCAAUGUCGAUUAUGGCUCCCUUUUUUCCAAGAGAGGCGUUUGAGAAAGGGAUGUCUGAUACAAUGACUGGUUUUGUAUUCAGUUUUUAUGCCCUAGUCAUGUUUUUGUCAUCGCCAAUAUUUGGAAAAAUCCUACCAGUGUUUGGAGCAAAGUUUUUAUUUAUACUUGGUAUAUUUGUGGCAGGAUUAUGUAAUAUUUUAUUUGGGCUUCUGGAGUAUAUUAGCAACUAUACUCUUUUUACUACUUUUUGUAUACUGAUACGAGGAUUUGAAGCGUUGGGUGCUAGCGCGUUUUCGACUGCUAGUUACAUUUUUGUAGUUAAUUCGUUUCCAAAUAACAUUGGAUCUGUUAUAGGCAUUUUAGAAACUUUCGUAGGACUGGGAAUGAGUACUGGUCCUGCAGUAGGCGGCAUAUUAUAUUCGCUCGGUGGAUUUAGUGUGCCAUUUUACGUUUUGGGAGUAGCAAUGGUUUUCAUAGGUUUAAUCAACUUAUUGCUGUUACCAAACGUUGAAGACUGUGAUAGUAUGACAAAUAAAACAACAUCUAUGAUGAAACUAAUUAAAAUUCCAGCUGUAAUUGUGACUGGUCUUGUUGUUACUGUGGUAUCCAGCGUUUGGGCGUUUUUGGAACCAACUUUAGAGCCACAUUUAAGAGAUUUUAAUCUAAGUCCAGAGAAAAUCGGGCUUAUAUUUCUAUUAUUUUCCGCCUUAUACGGAAUUUCCAGUCCCGCAUGGGGUUGGAUAGCUGAUAAAAUAAAUCAACCUUGGCUUAUGAUGGUCGCUGGAUUAUUUAUGUGUACAGUGGGAUUAUUGUUACUAGGGCCUUGUCCAUAUAUUCCUGUCUUAUCUCAAAAUUUGUGGUUGGAUUUGGUUGCUUUAUCCAUCCUAGGAAUAUCUGUUGCCUUGACCUUGAUGCCAACAUUUUUAAGAAUAUUAACCUCUGCCACAAAGGCAGGCUAUUCAGACUCUCUGGUAACUUACAGCGUUGUAGCUGGUGUUUGGUCAUGUAUGUAUUCUUUGGGAGAAGUUCUCGGACCAGCUCUUGGUGGUUUUUUAAUGGGUCGCUACGGAUUUCCAAUGGCCUCUACUGUAAUGGCCACUGUUAUAUUUUCUUUAGCAAUAUUCACCACCAUAUUUUUCAUUUUAAAUUCGACAGUAUGUAAGGAAGCAGAAAGUACGUCGGAUAGUGGAAUAAGCGCAUCGUGGAGAAGUUCUAAUAUAUCUAUGUCCAAUGAACAUACACCACUUCUUUUGUCAACCAUAGAUGGAGGUUUUCAGUCAUCUUAUAAGAAACAGUAUUAUACUCAAAACUCAAGUAACUGUGAUUUCGACUACUACCAUACUUUAAUGGAACCGAAAACAUCUGUCUCAGUUUCCAAAACUGGAAAGGGAUCCUCUGAAAUUUAAUGUUAUAUUUUAUUUUAAUUAUUACCAGCAGUUAUAAAUUAAUAUGAUCUUAUUUUCUAGCUGACUAUAUUGUAAAAUAAAUAUUAA